AUGAAGAUUUUAUAUUUUAAUGGAAAAAUCUACACUGGAACAAACACUGUAGACUCUUUUAUUGAAGAGGAUGGGAAAUUUUUAGAUGUUGGUAGCUAUGAUUCGCUUAAAUUAAUUCCUCAUGAUAAAGAAAUUGAUUUUAAUGGAAAAACAGUAACUGCUGGAUUUAAUGAUUCACAUUUACAUAUCCUUGGAUAUGGGUAUUCUCUUACAAUGGUAGAUCUUGUCGGAUCCCAAUAA